CCUCGACGCCGACCAGGACGGCCUCGACUCUCGGAGAUGACGGAAAACCGCGGUGACGAAGAAAUCGUAAAAAAGGUGAGACAAAGAAUAGCGCAGCGAUCCUACCGCAGCCGGAAGCAAGGCGCACUGGUUUUGGCCGAAGCGCGGGCCUCCAGACUUGAGGGAUCUCUGAACAAAGCAUUGCAGUCUUUCGCUCAGUUCCAGGAUUAUAUUAUUCAGAAAGGCCCUGCCAGUCUUCCUCCGGAUAUUCUUUUACAUCUGAGCAAAACCGCCGUAAAGCUCACAACCAUUGCCCAACGGGCACGGAGUGACAACGCAGCAGACAACAAUGGUGAACAGACAUAUGCAGCAAACUUGCUACAAUCUUCCAUUACAGAGGUUUCUAGGCCACUUCUGCCGUGGCUUAACCCAGACAAAGCUGCUAUGAGCGACCUUCAGCAUGGUCUAAACCUACCGCAAGACGACGGUCUGAGAACAUAUUCCUUAACAUAUCGCAUGCUUCAUGCAUGCUUGCUCCGCGCCAUUGCGAUAUUCUCCCACCAGCUCCCGCCGAAAGAUUGGGACCCUCCGAGCGUCCUGCUUGCUCUCAGCAUCGCUCGCUCAGAUGUUCUCGUGACGAUGAGCGUGAGGCAGGCAAAAGAAAUUACGGACGGAUACUGGAGAGAGGCACAGUACACCGAGUCGAUGCUGAAUGUCCUCCCCAAGAUGUACCGCACCAUCGAAGGCACGCGCCAGUACGCCGUGCCACGAUCCGCGCCACCGAAAUUACAGAUGCUGCAGCCCGGACGCACGAGAACGGUGCUGCAGACGACGAUUCCGGACCUCAAGGGCGAGUGGCUCGAGGCAUGCGAUGUCGAAGAAUACCUUGCUGAGCGAGGCAUAUGUGUCCGCGGCGAAGACGUAGGAGACAUGCUGGAACUGGUUUUGCCCUCCGUCGAUUCUGUUCCACCUCUUAUGUAUGAUAGCACGGCCUUGACACGUGCUGGCUUCACGAUAUUCGGGAGAGCGGAUAUUGAGGGUCAGCACAUUCCAUCCGGGCUCUGGAGCUUCACGCCAUCGCCGCAACAGUACGCAGACUUUUCGACACUACAGCAACAGCAGAAUGCCGUCGAUCAGAAUUUAAGUGUCCCGGCAGCGACACCUAGUGCCAGAAUAACCAUAAAUCUCGACAAACUGGUUUCUGUGCUCGCAUCAAACGCUGUUUGUUUAGGGCCUGCACCGGGGAUUCAAAAAGGGGCAGUUGACCUAGCAAUCAGGGAGUCAGUC